UAGCGCGUGUGUGAGAGAGAGAGAGAGAAAGAGAGAGAGAGGUGCGCAAUACUGCAGCAGUAUUCCUCUCAGUGAAGCCUUCUCAGGUCUGUCUGCCUUGCUAACUAGUGCUGCAGCGGAGGAGAGAGACAGAGAAGAGAAAGAGAGAGAGAGACGAGGCGCACACGCUCACUCCAGUGCUGCAGGACUGCAUGAGAGGAACUGAGAUAAUAUCCACACCACCAGCAUCCAUCACAGGAGAUAAAGAGCCAUCUCAGCCCGGCUGGUCACGGCACUAUGGCACAAGCCGCCAAACAUCUGCGCAAGAAUAAGGAUUUAGAGGCGCUCGCCGAACAGGAGCGGAAGGAGAAAGAGGAGGAGAAGGCGAAGAAAAGGAGCCGCUCGCGGGAUAAAAAGCGCAAGACUGAUGCUGGCACCAGUUUCCUCCGUGCAGCUCGCUCAGGUAACCUGGAGAAGGCUCUGGACCACAUCAAGAAUGGCAUCGACAUCAACACAGCCAAUCAGAAUGGACUCAACGGGCUGCACUUGGCCUCGAAGGAAGGCCAUGUUAAAAUGGUGCUGGAGCUACUGCACCACGGCAUUGUUCUAGAGACCACCACAAAGAAAGGAAACACUGCCCUUCACAUAGCUGCGUUAGCUGGACAGGAGCAGGUGGUCACCGAGCUGGUGAACUAUGGAGCCAAUGUCAACGCUCAAUCUCAGAAGGGCUUCACUCCUCUCUACAUGGCUGCACAAGAGAAUCACCUGGAGGUUGUGAAGUUUCUCCUGGAUAAUGGAGCCAAUCAGACCAUUCCAACCGAGGAUGGCUUUACCCCUCUUGCUGUGGCUCUUCAGCAGGGCCAUGAGAAUAUUGUGGCCCUGCUCAUCAACCACGGUACCAAGGGCAAGGUCCGCCUUCCUGCACUGCAUAUCGCUGCCCGAAACGAUGACACCAGAACUGCCGCUGUGCUUCUACAGAAUGACCCAAAUCCUGAUGUCUUGAGCAAGACAGGCUUCACGCCGCUCCAUAUCGCAGCCCACUACGAAAACCUGAAUGUUGCCCAGCUUCUUCUGAACAGAGGAGCUGAUGUGAACUUCACACCCAAGAAUGGGAUCACACCUCUUCAUAUUGCAUCCAGGAGAGGAAAUGUCAUCAUGGUCAGACUUCUGCUGGACCGAGGAGCUAAGAUUGACGCCAAGACAAAAGAUGAGUUGACUCCUCUUCACUGUGCUGCCAGAAAUGGUCAUGUGAGAAUAAUCGAGAUCCUUCUGGACCAAGGAGCUCCAAUACAUGCCAAGACCAAGAAUGGCCUGUCUCCAAUACACAUGGCAGCCCAGGGUGAUCAUCUGGACUGUAUCAGACAGCUGUUACAGUACAAUGCCGAGAUUGAUGACAUCACUCUAGACCACCUGACCCCACUGCAUGUGGCAGCACACUGUGGACAUCAUCGCAUGGCCAAGGUUCUCCUGGAUAAAGGAGCCAAGCCAAACACCCGUGCUCUGAAUGGCUUCACACCGCUCCACAUUGCCUGUAAGAAGAACCACGUGCGUGUAAUGGACCUGCUGUUAAAGCAUUCUGCAUCCCUGGAGGCUGUAACAGAGUCAGGAUUGACCCCGCUGCAUGUGUCCUCCUUCAUGGGUCAUCUGAAUAUAGUGAAGAUACUGAUGCAAAAAGGAGCUUCACCACAUGCCUCAAACGUGAAAGUGGAAACACCUCUGCACAUGGCGUCUCGAGCGGGUCACUGUGACGUUGCUGAGUUCCUGUUGCAAAACGCAGCCCCAGUGGACGCCAAAGCCAAGGAUGACCAGACGCCGCUACACUGUGCCGCCCGCAUGGGCCACAACGAGAUGGUGAAGCUGCUGUUGGAGCACAAGGCAAACCCCAACUCCACCACAACAGCAGGACACACUCCACUGCACAUCGCCUCCCGUGAGGGACACACACAGACUGCCAGCAUCCUACUGGACAUGAACGCCCAGCUCACCAAAAUGACCAAGAAAGGCUUCACUCCUCUUCAUGUAGCAGCCAAAUACGGGAAGGUGGAUCUAGCAGUGCUGCUUUUGGAGAGAGGAGCCAACCCAAAUGCUGCAGGCAAAGCUGGACUCACUCCGCUGCAUGUGGCCAUCCAUCAUAACAACCUGGACGUGGUCAAUCUCUUGCUCAGUAAAGGAGGCUCACCACACAGUACGGCUCGGAAUGGCUAUGCUCCGCUGCACAUUGCUUCCAAACAGAACCAGGUGGAGGCAGCGAGCAGCUUACUGCAGCACGGAGCUUCUGCCAAUGCUGAGUCAUUGCAAGGGGUCACACCGCUACACCUAGCCUCCCAGGAGGGCCAAGCAGACAUGGUGCUGCUGCUCAUCUCAAAACAAGCCAAUGUCAAUCUGGGCAACAAGAGUGGUCUGACUCCUCUUCACCUCGUGGCUCAGGAGGGGCAUGUUGGCAUUGCUGAUAUACUAGUGAAACACGGGGCGUCCGUCUACGCUGCCACACGGAUGGGUUACACUCCGCUCCAUGUAGCUUGUCAUUACGGCAAUGUCAAGAUGGUUAAAUUCCUCUUACAGCAACAGGCCAAUGUAGACUGCAAGACCAGGAUGGGGUAUACCCCGCUACAUCAGGCUGCUCAGCAGGGCCAUACGGACAUUGUGACACUUCUCCUGAAACACGGCGCCCAGCCGAAUGAAAUGACGACUAAUGGAACAUCAGCUCUGGCCAUCGCAAAGCGUCUUGGAUACAUCUCAGUCAUUGAUGUGCUCAAACUGGUCACCGAAGACACCGUUACAAUGACCACCACUGAAAAACAUCGCAUGAGUUUCCCGGAGACAGUUGAUGAGAUCCUGGAUGUGUCUGAAGAUGAAGGAAUUGCACAGCUAACAUUAGGCGAGGAGCUGCUGGGGAACGAUGGUGCCAGGUAUUUGAAGAUGGAGGACAUAAAGGACCAUGAUGAGGAUUUCCUUUCCCCCAAGAAUGUUCUAGAGAAUCAUUCCCCUGCUCUUCCAAGAAUCCCAUGUGUGUCUCCUGAAACAGUCAUGCUGAAAGAACACGAGAUGGAGCAGCAGCACACUCCUCUUCCUCUGCUCAAGGAUUACGAUGAGGAUUCGCUGAUCCCCAGCAGUCCGGCCACAGAGACGUCAGACAAUGUCAGUCCGGUGGCGAGCCCCAUCCACACCGGCUUCCUUGUGAGCUUCAUGGUGGAUGCUCGUGGCGGCUCGAUGAGAGGCAGCAGACACAACGGCCUGCGUGUCAUCAUUCCUCCUCGUACCUGUGCCGCUCCGACACGCAUCACCUGCCGCCUGGUGAAGCCGCAGAAACUUGCCACUCCACCUCCUCUGGUGGAGGGUGAGGGUCUUUCCAGCCGUAUCAUCUCUCUCGGUCCAGCAGGCAUGCAGUUCUUAGGGCCUGUGAUUGUGGAGAUUCCCCAUUUCGCGGCCCUCGGUCGGGGAGAUCGUGAGCUGGUGGUCUUGAGAAGUGAGAACGGAUCGGUCUGGAAGGAGCAUCGCAAUCGUUAUGGUGACGAGGUCCUGGAGACCAUCCUCAAUGGCAUGGAUGAAGAUCUUGAGAGUCAGGAGGAACUUGGGAAGAAGAGGAUCAGGCGCAUCAUCUCGACUGACUUCCCUCUCUACUUUGCGGUGGUGUCCCGCAUCCAGCAGGAGAACGAUCUGAUUGGCCCAGAAGGGGGUUUUCUCGCCAGUAAGCUGGUGCCCAUGGUCCAGGCCAGUUUUCCUGAGACUGCCGUCACCAAGCGAGUCCGUCUCGGACUGCAGGCCCAGCCAGUCCCUGAUGAGCUGGUGGGCAAACUUCUGGGGAACCAGGCCACUUUCGGCCCUGUGGUGACAGUAGAGCCUCGUCGGCGCAAGUUUCACCGUCCCAUCGGCCUGAGGAUCCCUCUGCCUCCCUCCUGGAGGGAGAGUCCACGGGACGCAGGCGAGGGCGACACCACCAGCCUCCGCCUGCUCUGCAGCGUCAUCGGUGGCACAGCUCCUGCCCAGUGGGAAGAUAUAACUGGUACCACCAAACUUCUGUAUGCCAAUGACUGUGCCAAUUUCACCACUAAUGUCUCUGCCCGUUUCUGGCUGGCAGACUGUCCUCGGACCGCAGAGGCCGUGACCUUUGCUAACCUCCUGUACCGCGAGCUGACAGCCGUGCCAUACAUGGCCAAAUUUGUAGUUUUUGCAAAGAUGAAUGAAGCCCGAGAGGGCCGACUCCGCUGUUACUGCAUGACUGAUGACAAAAUGGACAAAACCCUGGAGCAGCACGAGAACUUUACUGAAGUGGCUCGCAGCAGAGACAUAGAGGUCAUGGAGGGAAUGCCGCUGUAUUUGGAGUGUUCAGGAAACUUGGUUCCCAUUAGGAAGGCGGCCCAGCAGCCCCGCUGUUUUAACUUCCAAGCCUUCAAAGACAACAGACUGCCUGUGUCUGUCAAAGUGAGGGACAGCAGUAAAGAUCCCUCUGGCUUUUUGUCUUUCUUGCGCAAAUCAACCAAAUAUGAAGAUAAUCAGCAUGUGUUGUGCAACCUCAAUGUUACCAUGCCGCCAUGCAUUAAGAUUAUAGGAAGUGAUGAGCGAAGGAGAACUCUGACUCCUUUGGCUCUGAGGGAAAGAUACAGUGCUCUAAAUGAACCAGCCAUGGCAUCACUGAGCGCCAUGGAAAGGACGGAGUUAAAGAUGGCUUUAAUAGCUGAACAGCUAGGCCUGAGCUGGGCUGAGUUGGGACGUGAACUGCAGUUUAAUGUAGAUGAAAUAAAUAAGAUCCGUGUGGAGAAUCCCAACUCCCUUUUAGAGCAGAGCUCGACACUGCUCAACCUGUGGGCCGCUCGAGAGGGGAAGAGAGCCAAAAUGGACAGCCUGUACAUGGCCCUCAAGAGCAUUGACCGAAUGGACAUUGUGAACAUGUUGGAGGGCCAGGGACCACCCACAGGUCAGCAGGGGGGCUGGGAGCAAGAUACUUCCAGGUCUAGGCAUCAAGAGAGAGACCAUCUAUCUCCUGGCAUCACAAAUGGUUACGGGCUGGUGAUACAGGAAGAACUAGUUUCACCGGCCUCCAUGCAGUACAGUCUACCUUCGCCACUGGGCAAUGAUCCCUACUGGCAAGAAGUCUCAAGCAUGGAGUGUGCACCCAUCGCUACCACUGAAGAGGACACACUCAUGGAGAUGUCUGAGGUACAGGUUUGGCCCUCAGGCAAUAGUCCUUCCAUUGUGGCUGUAGAGGACUCUUCACUGGAGUGCAGCAAUGCUGAUGACUCUGAGGCGCUACUGAACAGGAGUCUGGGCCCCUCGAGGAGUGGGACUCCCGGUGCAAACGGACCAGUGGGACUUUCUGCUCAGGGAGGGUUAAGUGGUUCCAUCGAGUUACUUGAAGAUCAAUCCAUUGGGGCAGAUUCAGAUUCCAGUCCUGCUGGGAUGCUGUGUCUGAGUGAAGGGGUCAACAUCAAUGCUCUGGACAGAGGUCAGGGUUUGGAGAGGUCAGAAGGGGCUGUAGGUCAAGAAGUCAGCAACACUAAAGACAGUUCCAGUGCAGGUUUGGGAGAAGGAGGAGGUGACGGCACAAUCUUAGAAGAUAGCAUAUCUCUCAUUUCAGGGCAACAGCGAGUUUAUACUCGAAUGAGUGAUUCACCUGGGCUAAGAAGACGGGCAGAUCCUGGUGAUGACAGGUUAAGUGGUGGGUCCUUCCUGUCUUAUCUACAGGAUCAGGGGGCUCCUGGUUGGCACUCGGCCCCAGAAUCAACCCAGAAUAGAGUGGGGUCUCUACAAUGCUCCCUGCCUAGACAGGCAAUGGAGUCUAUGAUGUCAUCAGUACAAGCCACGGUGGACUGUGAUUCUAAGCAGUCUUGCCUAGCCCAGGAAGCCCUAAUUGAACCAGUGCGGGACAUGGGGCAUUCUGAGAUCAUCCAUGGGCAUUAUCAGGGAACUCAGCCUUUUGAGAAAGGACUAGGCUUCCCGCACAGAACAGCUAACAUUCGCGGUUGGCAGGACAUGCGUCUAAGAGGACAGGGUGAUGAGGCUGAAGAUCUUCCAGGAGAGCAAGUGAGCGAGGAGCAAUUUACAGAUGAGCAUGGCAACAUCGUCACCAAGAAGAUUGUGAGGAAGGUGGUCCGGAGAGGAAAAGGGGAGGAAGGGGGUCAGGAGCUCAUCAUAGAAGGGCUGCCGCAGGAUAUCAAUGAGCCAGAUGUUGAUGGAGAACAGUACAUGAGCUAUGCCGUCCUUGGCCGUGACAGCAAGCCGGAUGUUGUGGAUGUGAAGAGGGGUGGUGCUCAAAUAGUCAAAUGUGCGAGUCUGCGGAGAGUAAAGCAGUGAGUCUGACUCGCUCCUCCCUGCAGGACUUGACAUCUACACCCAAACCAUCCUUCACUGGCACAUGAUGGGCGUCAAAUAAAGAAGAAAACCAAACUAGAGCGCUGGUGAUAGGAUAUCAACUACGAAAAAGAGAUUUUAGGACUUUUUUAACAAGCAAAACAAACACUAGUGGCUAGAGGCAUGAUUUCUUAUAAAAAUGAAACCGCACCGUAAAAAAAAAAGCAAGCAUUUGAGAAGUUCUUCCUGUAAUCUCAAUAUCAGCAUGUGAAAGUGCUGUCGCAUGGCCUGCCUUUACAAAUAGCACUGACUGCAAGCAAUGAUGAGGUGAGAAAAUACUGUCGUAACGCAAGGGCUGUUAACUGCUGGGGGGAAGGACUCUGGCCAACUGGAUGUGGUUUGGGGCACGUGGGACACAAAAGCUAGAGUUUCCUGAUAUUUAGUCUUCCAGAACACAGUACUAGUCUGACCCUCUUGUACUGGUAUUAUACAUAAUAUGCACUCAAAUAUGAUGCGAAUGUACCCUCUGUGUGUGUGUGUGUGUGUUCUUUUACACAGCCAAAAAACAACAACAAAUGACAACGACCUAUGUGAUGCUGCUGCUGCUGUCGCAAUACUUGCUCCUGAAUUCUUGUUCAUUGUGUGUUGUAAAGGUAUAAUUGUGUAGCAAACGAGCUGUGAAGUCCUGUGUUGCCUGAGGUAGACUAGACUCAAGGGAUACAAUUUGUGCAGUUUAAAUGUUUUCAGUGGGAUACGCUAGAUAGGACAUACUCUCACAUCACUGCGGGGCUCUAUGUGUACACGUAUACUGUUUUUGUUCUGUAUACAUCACAAACCUCUGUGUCAUAUGAGCUUCCUCUUAAUAACUUCAUAUGCACAGAGGUUGAUAUUAACAUUUACAUUAUCCACCGUUUGCAUUUACUUUAUAGUGGUCAUUUUAUAUAUAUGACAUUUAAAAACGUCUAACCUUUCAGUGAAGUAAAUUGUAUGGAGAUGUAGAUAAAGGCUUUCAGUAGAUUAAAAUAAUAAUUCAUAAUUGAUCUUGUGGUUUGUUGUGUAGGUAAUAAUUCAACAUUUUCCGUAUUAAAAAAAUAUGGUGCAAAGUUUAAAAUUUGGAAACAGAUUACAAUAAGGUACACAAUUUGCUGGCAUUAGUUAACAUGAACUAACAAGGAAACUAAACUACUUCUAAAGCAUUAUAAAUCUUAAAUUUGUUAAUUUUUAAAUAAUUACUCUUAUAGAAUAUGAAAUCUCUUUUAUCCCAUAUCCAUAUAUAACUUAAGCCCAAAGUGUACUUUAAUGCUUAAAUAUCACCAUCAGCAGAGUGCAUGCAUGCUGUACACACAGACUAUACUGAAGUAUAUGUUGGGCUUGAAAAUAUAAAAGCUUAAUUAGUGACCUUGGUUUGCCAGUUAUUUGCAAAACAUUUAAUACUAGUAUUAGUACUACUACUAUUACAAAUAUAACUUCAUUGAAAGGUUAGAUUUUCUUUCUCACCUUUUCCGCAUAAUAGACAUUUCUUAACAGUAGUUUGUUCAAUGUUUUUCUGUUCAUCUUUACAGAUGAUGCUAAUUCUCAUGGUGUGCGCUUCUUUUUAGGGAUUUAUUUUUCUUCUUAUUUUUAAAACCAGACAUUUUCAUUGAUCAGAACAGAUGUUUAAUAAUGUUUUAGGCACUCAACACAUGCUUGAUAAAAAGGUGUGAACACUGCAGACACCUCUGCUUCUCUUACGCUUGAUGAAGACACGUAGCCACUGAGCACUGUGAUCAGACUGUUCACUGUCCCACAGCAGAACAGACCUGACUUCAUACACACACACUAAUUAUAAUGUGGAUUAUCUGAACCUGCACUGACAUUAUUCUUUUCCUCUCGUAUCUUUCUUCAGGAGUUUUGUAGCUACACCAGACAGUCCAGUUGUAGAGCUGCUGUUUCCAUGCACAGCUCAACACAAUAUCAUAUUAUGCAAAUAGUGAUCACUGCAGAACUGGUUGGCCAUCAUCCCUGACUGCAUGGCCUCCAUGCAAACAAUCUCUUUUCAACAAUCUCACUUAUUCGUGUAGCAUCUGAACACAACACACAGCAUUCAACCUGAAAUCAUUCUGUCAAUUUAAAGGGUGAAACAAAACCAUUUCAAAAACCUCAAAUCAACAUCUCUGAUGUAUGGAAAUUAAAUUCAGUUUCUGAUGUCAUAAGAGCAUGAUACCAAAUAUAGGCCAUUUAUUGUAGCACAGUAUGUCAUCCCUUAGCAUUGUUUUUUUAAAGCUUCAUUGUCUUUUAUUCUUUGUACACCACAUUCAAGUCACAUGAACACACAAAAUCUAAAUUUUUAAGCAUAAUUUUUAAUAU